AUGUUUUACAGACUUCCAGACCCACUCGAUUCGCAGAAUGUGCUUGUAGAGACCGCCCACAUUAUUUCGGCUGGCCCAGAGCCUCUCUCUGAAACGGACCUGGGCCUGUUCCUCGAGGUCUGCUUCACGGAGCGCCCUAAUGUCCACGAGCUGUUGCUGAGCGGACAAACUCAGUUCCAAGGCGUCGAAUGGGAAACGCAACCGAGCGACAUGGCCGGACUCGUUGCGCUUCUCGAAUUCAUCAUCGUAUCCGACGGGAAUUCCAAGGACGCACUGGUUCCAAGCGCGAUCGAUAUAUUUGCGGCAUUCAUAGCCCAGGCCGAAGGGGUCGAUACGCCCGAAGAUGCCCAGCGGUGGCAGACGUUCACUCGUGAUGUGGUGACGAGGCUGUUGACCAUCGCCAGCCGCUUUGCUUCUCUGCGCGCGCGGAUCCACAAUUCGUUGUGGGAGCUGCUUAUUGGACUGUCGAACACACUCUCGGCUACGACAUUACCCGCGCAGAGCGCCGCAGCGACUUCUCUGGCCGCAGGAUUUCUUUCAGCCUUUUCCGACUCGGAGCAGCUUCAGAAUCACGAUCACUUUGAAGAGAUUGGGCUGCUGUUCAACAACCUGCAGCGCAUUGGGCUCUGUCACUAUUCUGUGAGCUCUGAAGCCAAGACGCCAGGAUCAUCGUCGUCGUACUCGCACAUCGACGAUGCUGUCAACUUGCUCUGUCAACUCUUCCAAUGGAUCAACCAAGUUCUGGCCAGACUCCUGGUCGUUUCCUCAGAAAGCGACCCUGGUGUCCGUGACGUCUGGGAUGCACUCAUGACCAAUAUCGCCCCAACCGCCAUCAUUAACUCAGCCAUCCUCGACGUCGUCAACUCAGUCCUUGCCACCUUUCGCGACCCUAUGUGGCUCGCCAACAUUGGCGAGGUCAUCAACGAGGUCGACAGUCCCCAAAGCGAGCAUCUCUUCCCGGUUAUUGUGGAUGUACUUGUCAUAGGCGCCGUCUUGGUGCCGGGUCAUGAGUCCCAGACCCUGGAUAUUAUCCUGGACCAGCUCGCGCGAUUUGAAACUAUCGGCGGACAGCACUUGGACAUUUAUCUGGCGGCCAUCGAGGGCCUCGGAAUUCUGUACUGCCACUUUCCCGGCCUCCGCGAAGAUGUCCUGAAGCUGCUGUCUGACUUUCUGAUCGGCCCCUCGCCGGUGUUCAUCUCGAUGAACAGCCCUGAGCUAUGCGAUGUGCUCCGCCGUUGCACAAGCACCGUAUUUUACCAGUGUUUGAAGUUGACAUCAUCCUCGGCUGUCUCGAGCACCUGUCUCUCCGUCUUCAACGGGGCCCUCCAUAUGUCGUCCGCCGACAGCGGGCCCAGUGCAGAAGUCAGGCAGAUCAAGAUCCAGAACAUUGUCGCUGCUCUGACGAGUAUCGCGCCGCUUUUGAAGCCCGUGAAUAUCAUCGAAAUCAUCGCGGCUCUCAUCCAGCGACUCGACAAUGCCUCAGCCAGCGAUGGCUUCCUUUGGGAAAGCCUCGGCAACCUCGGGCUCACAUGCAAUAUUGAUAUCUUUCGUGAAGUUGUGAACUGCCUGCUCAAGGAGAAAGGCAACUUCAAGCGGAUUGCUCGAGUCGGCCAGACGCUUGCCCGGGUCCAGGGCAAAUCGUCCGAGUACUUUGAGACCUAUAUCGAAACUGUGUUCUCGAUCUUUAUCGAAAAGUCUAAGACCCUGGUUGGCAAGAGUGAACCGUCUGUCGUCUACGAGCUGCGUAACCUGGCGCACAUCAUCAGAGCCAUAUUUGACCAUGACGAGUUCGACGCCUCCUGCCUCAACAACGCCAAGCUCAGCGCGGUCACCCGAGACUUUUGGAUCCAGGUCUCGAUCCUCUUUACCCUGCCGUCCGGUCAACUUCAGCCCGAUUGGAGCACGGAUUUGACGCACAUCGCCGCAAAGUCCCCGGCCCUGACGCUCGACAAGUCCAAAAACUCUCUCGAGGCCGACUUGGUUGCAAACUCGAUUCUCGGCUCAUCCUACGGCGAUGAUACUGCUCAGAAGGUUCGCUUGAACCUGGCAGGCACACUGUCUGUUCCAACGACUGAGCUGCGAGCGCUUCCAUUUGUGUGCUGUGCAUAUCUCCAUACUGUGCGGCAGCUGGAGCUCCUGCGCGUGUCCAAAAAGCCGUUCAAGGAGAUGCUGUCCUAUCUGACUGAUGAACGCCUGCAUAACAGCGGGGUCAUCUACGAUCAUCUGGAAAGCAUUGCAAGCGAGGUCGUGCGAACCCUUUGUGCAGAUCCCCGCCCGUCGCUCUGUGCGUCUCAGAGGCAUCGUAACAUGGUGUUGAGCAGCCAAACCUUGGUUGCACAUGCCGUCCAUCGCUCAGGUCGAGUGCGCCAGUUUGCGAUCCGUAGCCUACAGAAGAUGUGGAAAGCUGCGCCGUCGCUCCUCUGGAACUAUCCAUGUGCAGCUCUGUCCCUUGAUAUCCUGCGAAUCUGCAAUCAAGCCCACUCAGUCGCUGCUACUUCAUCGGAUAUUGCGGCGCGCACAGGCCUAGAUUUCGAGUUUGCUGACGACGACGAGCGAAGGGCUGCGGUUCAGGAAUUCCAGCAUCUUUGCAACAAAUGGCUGUCUAUUUCGUCGGAGAAAUCGCUUUCGGAAACGGUCGGAGUCCUGGAGCACUAUCUGCUCGACACGCUUCUUGGUGUUCCGAGCGCAUCUAUCACCAGCGCCAAGGGAUUCAGUGCUCUCUUGGGAGGCCUGCACCUGAACUCAGAUCUACUGAAAGAGCUGCUGAAGCGACAAACGAACGGGUCAUUUUUCACCGGCGAGGUUCGCGGCAUGGUGUCGAUGCUGGCUCACAUCAACGAGAUGAGCCGGAUCUCGCACCCGCAAACAGAGCUGCAGCAAGUUGCCGAAUUAUGCAAGGCUAGCCUCGGAGAGAUUGCCAUCGAGCCAACGGGACCCGAGACCUAUGCUAAGCUGAGACCGGCCCUGUAUCGGGCAGCGGCAGCGAUUGUGUUGGCGAAAGAACACGAGAUCGAUCACGAACUUUUGCAACGCAUAUGCUGGGUGCCCAUAGUGCACUUUGCUCCAAGCGCUAUAAGCCUUGCCGUUGAAGUCUGGGGCUGGAUCCUGUGUAUCCAUCCGCAGCUCUCCGUUCGCAUUCUGGGCGACCUGGUUUCAUCGUGGGGAGAGACUGUGCAGAAGCGUCAAGGUCUCUAUGCCGCUGAGCCAAGCCCGCUCAAUCCAUUCUUCAACAAAAUGACAUAUGCCCCGUCCGUGCCACCGGAGCAAACAGAGAAGGAGCACGCGGCUCAUCUGGUAUGGGUACAGUUCCUGAUCGACCGUUUCCAGGUUGUCCGGCAUUCCAACCGCAAGCUGCUGUACCCAUUCUUGAAGCUCAUCCAGCUCGUGGACACUUCGCUGGAGUUCGCCAGUCCCAAGCCCGAGCUUCGUCCUUUGUGGUUCUUGAUUUCAAAGCUUGGACUGCUCGUCGUCCAGGAGCUUGAAAAGCAGCGCUCCUCGUUGCUGCCAUCUGUUCGACGAUCGGUUUACAACUGGAUGCUAUCGUGGUUUGCCCACCCGCCCAUGUGGUCGGUGACAGACGAAAAUGAACGCGAGACCCUCGAGUCAAUCAUGUUCAUCAUGAGAAGCGUACGGAUCGAUAGGGACGCCGAAGUUGCACAGAGCACCCGAUUCAAAUCGCUCAAGAUCGCUGCCGGCGUUGGUGUAUUCUCGCCCAAGGAGCUCUUGGAGAUCAACGAGGUUCACCAGCUACUGCUGAUGCUUUUGGAGAGCGAGUUGACUCGCUUGCGUGUAUGGAAAUCCACGCAAGAGGACUCCACGCCGCUCGCUGCCCCUACGAUCAUCAAAUGGAGCCGGAUGAUUCGAGCUGCGCUUGGAGUGGCCCCCUCGAUCAUCCUGUACCUUCAGCAGCGCUUCAUCACCUCUUCAGACGUUAUCGAUCACGAAAUACGCGAGACGUGCUUCCACCACCUGCGGCUGUUUGUCAACAACAGCGAUGCCCUCCCCUGGAUUCUUCCAGCCAUGAAGAAACGGGCGGAUUCGUGGAAGUGGCUCUUGUACUGGGCACCAGUUUCGCCCGUGAGCGCCAUCGGCCUCCUCACCAAAGAUGCACAGAACACCCACAUUAUCCAGUACGGCAUCCGUGUGUUGAAGCAUUUCCCGAUCGACCAAGUCUUCUUCUACAUUCCGCAACUCGUUCAGGCCCUCCGGCAUGACACCUAUGGAUAUAUCGAGAAGUACAUUCUCGGCGCGGCCAAGUUGAAGCAGCUUUUCGCUCACCAGAUCAUCUGGAACAUGAAGGCCAACCAGUUCCGCGACUUUUCCAAAGAGGGCGAGGGCAUCACGGAGGAUCCUCUCAAGCCCACGCUCGAGAAGAUCACCGACAAGAUCGUGAAAUCGCUGUCGGGUGCCGACGAGGACUUUUACAAGCGUGAAUUCAGUUUCUUUGGCGAGGUGACUGGAAUCUCGGGCAAGCUCAAGCCAUACAUCCACAAGAGCAAGCCCGAGAAGAAGAAAAAAAUAGACGAAGAGAUGCGCAAGAUUGUGGUCGAUGUCGGCGUGUAUCUCCCGAGCAAUCCGGAGAGCGUCGUUGUCGACAUCGACUACGACUCUGGUCGCCCCCUGCAGAGCCAUGCCAAGGCGCCGUUCAUGGCUACUUUCCAGAUCAAGCCCAUGGUCGACUCGACCGAUCUGUCGAGCUCGCGCGAGCAAAUUAUGGCCUCGAACGCACCCGCAAUGCGUCAGUCUGCAAUCUUCAAGGUUGGCGACGACUGUCGCCAGGACAUUCUUGCUCUUCAGCUCAUCAGCGUCUUCAAAAGCAUCUUUGCCAAAGUGGAUCUGGACCUCUAUGUGUUCCCUUAUCGAGUCGUGGCCACUGCCCCGGGUAGCGGUGUCAUUGAAGUCGUUCCAAACUCCAUCUCAAGAGACAUCAUGGGACGCGAGACAGUGAACAGCUUGGUCGACUACUUUGUGAGCAAGUUUGGGCCUCAGGAUUCUGCUGGGUUCGCCAAGGCCCGGAGCAACUUUGUGCGGAGCUUGGCGCCCUACUCCCUCAUUCUGUUCCUGCUGCAAAUCAAGGACCGACACAACGGAAACAUCCUGUUCGAUGCGGACGGACACAUUGUCCACAUCGACUUUGGCUUCAUCAUCGACAUCUCUCCUGGCGGCGUCAACUUUGAAAACUCGCCAUUCAAGCUGACAACGGAGAUGAUCGCCGUAAUGGGCGGCGAUGCCACCACACCGUCCUACAAGCUACUUUCAGACCAGAUCAUCAAGGCGUAUUUGGCAUGCAGACCCCAUGCCGAGGAGAUCAUUGCCUUGGUGAGCAGCAUGCUCGAGUCCGGCUUGCCGUGCUUCAAAGGCGAAAACUCGAUCAAGAAGCUCCGAGAUCGUUUCCAGCUGCACUUGACGGAGCGCCAGGCGGCGGAUUUCAUGCUGAGUCGCAUCCGCGAGUCUCACGAGAACACAAUGAGCAAAAUCUACGACGGUUUCCAGAACUGGCAGAACGGCAUUCCGUACUGAGACGAGAAGGGGGGGGGAGUGGAGUAUCUGUAGAUUGCAUCGUCCAGAGCGACGAAGUUGUGUAGAGAGAGAGGUCGCUUGUUGCUGGCCGAGAAAAGACAGGUGGAGGGGCAGGUGGCCAAUCGAAGAUGGAUUGCUUCGACGGCUUUGCCGAUGCCCCCAUCCGCAAUAUACAGUGUUACAGCGCACGCAAAACGAAA